AUGUCUGUGUAUAUGUGUGUGACUGCCUCUUCAAAAGAGUUGAUUUUAGCCGGAGGUGGUGCUGGAGAUGAAUUCCCAGCAUCUAAAAUGUGCUUCCAUAUGGCUUGCAAUCUGACGCUGCAAAUCAACCAAGUCUUACUCCUGGCAGGGGGAGAAGGUGAAACACUCAGUUGUGCUAUAGGGGCGGUUAUACUGCACUACAGUUCCGCCCAAACUGAUGCGUCGUCAUUGCUGGUCAUCGCGUUUCAACCCGUUGUGCCUGAUGAGGUCGACCUUGUGGAAGAGUGUCGCAUGUCUCACGAACAUAUUCCACUUUAA